CAACACCCCACCCCCCUUCACACCAAGUGUCCCACACCCACACACCUCCGAUCUUCUCACGCUCCCUCCCCCAUUGUUGAGAAACAAAACCACCAUGAGAAUACGAAAGAAUGCUAAAACCUCUGCAUUUCUCCACACCACUUCAAACAAUAAUAAUAAUAAUCUUCACGAAACCACACUCUGUCUACUCAACCAGUCUCCUUGGGAUAUCAUCACUUUCCCAGCAUCCACACAUUCUUCUUCCUCCACUUCAAUUCAUCUGUUUGAUGAUUUUGUGACUCGUUACAAUGUCAAUGCUGCUGCAAAUUGGACUGAUUCCGACAAACCUGUUAUUCAGAGUGUUGCUUCAACGAAGAACUCGAAUGAAUGCAAAUACGAUAUUAUCAAUGAAAAUGUUGAUAAGAAAACUAGGAAUUAUGAAUCGUAUGAGAAGGAGGAGGAUAAAUUAGGGUUUAUGAAAGGAUGUGUGAAACAGGAAGAUAGUUUUGUUGAUAUCCAAAACGACGCCGUUUGUGCGGAUAAGAAAAAGGCCCAAACAGUCCCCAAGUCGUGUAGUAGCAAGAAACGGGCCGUUAAUACAUCAAAACAGAAUGAGUUUUAUUAUUAUUCUGGGUUUGGUCCAUCAUGGGGUAAGAAAAGAGGAUGUACAACUUUUAAUGCGUGUGGUACUAAUGUUACCACAAGUAGUAAUGAUGGUGAUAUGGAUGUGGAUGAGGGUGAGAAACGGGUGGGGCCUGACACGACCACGAUGAAAACGGUGUGGUCGUGUCAGGUGGUUCCUGGAGAGGAAGAUUUUGAUUAUGUCGAGCAAGAGAACGAUAAAGAUAAAGAUAAAGAGAAAACCGUGAAGAAAAGAGGGAGGAAGCCGAUUAAGGCCCGAUCGUUGAAGUCGUUGAUGUGACGAUUUGUACUCGUGUUAGUGUUGGUUUGUGGAAUGUUGCUAUUUGUAGGAGGGUUUAGUUUGGAAGAUGUUUUGUUAUGAGUUGUUGUUUCUAUUUAAACCUUGUUUUUGUUUGUAAUAUCUUCCAUGUUUGGUCUGUUUCCUACGAUAGAGAUGGUGAUGGAUGUCGUGUUCAUUUAUGGUAAACAAUCUCAACAUACCCCUUUUGAAACA